AUGAGUCCAUCCCCUCAAACCCUCGCACGAAAAUCGAUCGUCCCCAUGUACAAAUACCAUCUCGUCGCUCUUGCCGCACUUACCUUCUGCUACGGAGCCAUUCCUACAGAAGCUACACCCAGAGCAACAGUCAGGAAUGGGACAUACGUCGGCUUCUCCCUUCCGUCUUUCGAGCAGGAGCUAUUUCUGGGUAUGCCGUAUGCCCAACAACCCCUGCCGCCGAACCUGCGCCUCCGACCUCCGGUUUCGCUCAAUACAUCGUGGAACGGCACUCGCAAUGCCAUGGAAUAUAGCCCCAUAUGCAUUGGCUACCCGUCCGGUGGCGCCAACGACGAUCUCGGGCAUGAACUCAGCGAAGCGUGUCUAACCUUGAACAUCGUGCGCCCAGCAGGUAUUGUACAGGGCAGUAAUGUUCCCGUGGUUGUAUGGAUCUAUGGAGGAGGUUUUCAGAUGGGCGGCAGCGCAGAUCAGCGCUACAACGGGUCAUGGGUCGUUCAACGUAGUGUUGAAAUGAAGCAACCUAUCAUCUUCGCCAGUAUCAACUAUCGUGUCACUGCCUUCGGGUUCCUGUGGUCUCAGGAGAUCGCGGCUGAAGGUGCAGGUAACUUCGGUCUGCUCGAUCAGCACCUUGCUCUACGCUGGAUACAUGAGAAUAUCGAUGCAUUUGGUGGCGAUCCGAGCAAAGUGACUAUCAUGGGGGAAAGCGCCGGCGGGCAGAGCGUUGCUAUGCAGCUCUUGGCCUUCGGAGCCAAGACCACCGAUCUCUUCCGCGCCGGGAUAGCUGAGUCUGGCUCUGCUUCAGGCGUUCAAUAUCGUACCGCUGCCGAGUACCAGCCGCAGUUCAAUUCUGUAGUGAACGCAACUGGCUGCUCUGGCGCUGCAGAUGUAGUAGCGUGUUUGCGAAGCGUGCCUGUUGAGACAUUCAUUGCGGCGACAAAUGUCUCCGCACCGAUCUCGUGGAGCCCUGUCAUCGAUGGAUCAUUCCUCAAGUCUCCACCUACAGCCACCCUCCGGGCAGGAAAAAAUUUCAUCAAGGUACCGUUCUUAACUGGUGCGAACCUGGAUGAAGGUGGGGCGUUCGGGCAGAGAGGCAUUGACAACGACACGGCGCUCGUCGAUGCACUGCGAAGCUCUUACCCUCAUUUGACCAACGAGAGCAUCACCACUAUCCUGCAGCUAUAUCCCGACGACCCUUCCAUCGGCUGUCCUUACAAUACCAGUGACGGGAUCCUUUCCACUGGCAGACAAGAUAAACGCUCCUUCAGCAUCUUCGGUGACACAACAAUGCAUGCCGGUCGUCGCUUGUUAGCGCAGAGCAUAGCUACAGCGCAUGAUGUCUUUACCUACCACUUUGCUCAGCCACCUGACAACGCUACGAUCGAGGAUGGCGUAUCGCACUUCCAAGAGGUCGCAUAUGUCUUCAGUAAUCCUCUUCCCACCCAGAACCCACUGUCCAAAAGAGCGGGUGAUGCUCAACUCGCCAAUCUGAUGACGAGCUUCUGGGUGUCUUUCAUCCAUAACCUGGAUCCGAACUAUAGCGAUGUCCCGGGCGCACCGCGCUGGCCCAGCUAUCGCGAGCAUGCACAAAACAUUGUCUUUAAGCGACAAGGGAGUUUCGCGCAGAAUGACGACUAUCGUGCUGAAGGAAUCGCCUUUUUGAAUACCCUCGAGGGCGAGAUGGAACACUGA